GGUGAUUUACUCUGAUGUGAGCACCACAGCUGUUACGGUGGUGAAGGAGACAGUGGAACAGAAACCACCAAAAACCGUGAGGAUCAUGGAAGAGACUGUUAAGAUGGAGGAGGGGCCUGUGGUAACACCUAAAGAAGUGGAUGAUGAUUGGUUUGUGCUUUGGGACUGCGCUCCCUCUGAGAUACUGACCACAGCCAAGGCGUUCCACGUAGACAGAGAGGUUAUAGAGCUGGUACCCCGGAGAACAGUGGUUGUGGUGGAGGAAACUAGGAUACCACCUAGAGUGGUGGAGGACAGACGUCAACCGGAGGUUGAACUGGUGAAAACACUGCCUCCCCAAGAGAGAGGGGAGGGUGAUGAUUGGUUGACGCUCUUUGAAGCCUCUCGUCAAGAGCCUGUGAAGAUGCCAACAGUUGCUGUGGUAACUAGACCUGCCCCUGUGGUUGACGUGAUGAUGACGAGCACAGAGCAGAGAACCCAGAAAAGGGUGACAAUAAWGGAGGAGAGCUGGAGAGAGGAGAGAACCCUGCAGCAGAGACUGCCUCAGAGACAGAUAGAGGUGGARGAUGAUUGGUUUGUCCUGCUGGAUGKUGCCCCUAAAGAAUUAGGUACCCCCAUCUCUUCAUUCCCCUAUCCCCCUGCUUUUCCUGCUCAUUUUAGCUGCAGACUGAGACUACCAAAAGACUGAAACUACCA